UUGUUGUUCGCUAUCGUAGACACCACCGUGAUCCGAGAGAUUAGCGGCACAACAGCUGCACAGACCACUGCAGUUAGACAAGUAUGAGCCACAAAGCAUUUUGCUGCCGGAAGACCUGGGACCCUCUUGUCCGUUUAAUGAUUACGAUUCAGAUCUUAUUUCAUGCGCGGCGACGGUGCAGUGGAGACUGGCAGCAGUUUAGCAGCCUGCACUGUUGACAGCUAGUUAGAAACGUUAUAUGAACACAACUGACGGUGGCACGGGUGACAGCGUUGACACAUCGAGCAGGCUGACUAACGUUAGUCAACCUAGGACGAAGACCAACAAUCAAACCAAAGGACAGACAUGAGCAACCUUCUGUUUUGGGACCAGCUACAAGCUGGUAGCUCCGAAGUCGACUGGUGUGAGGGCAAUUACCUAAUUUACCCGAGCAUAGCGGAGUUCUACAACACGAUCAGCAACAUCUUAUUUUUUAUUUUGCCUCCGAUAUUAAUGUGCCUGUUUCGCCAGUACGCUACGCAUUUCAACAGUGGGAUAUAUCUAAUAUGGACUCUGCUGGUCGUCGUGGGGAUUGGCUCGACGUACUUCCACGCCACGCUCAGCUUCCUGGGGCAGAUGCUGGACGAGCUGGCCAUCCUGUGGGUGCUGAUGUGUGCCAUCGCCAUGUGGUACCCCCGGAGGUACCUGCCCCGGGUAUUCCGCAAGGACAGGUCAAGGUUCAAAGUGGCCAUCGCCCUCCUCUCGGGGCUGACCACGGUGCUGGCGUUCCUCAAACCCGCCGUGAACGCCAUCUCGCUGAUGUCCCUGGGCGUCCCCUGCACUGUGCUGCUCAUCGUCGAGCUCCGGAGGUGUGAGAAUCCGCGAGUGUUUAAGCUGGGCCUGGUGUCGGGCGUGUGGUGGGGCCUGGCCCUUCUCUGCUGGGUCAGCGACAGGAUCUUCUGCGAAAUGUGGUCCUACGUCAACUUCCCCUACCUGCACUGUGCCUGGCACAUCCUGAUCUGCCUGGCGGCGUACCUGGGCUGCGUCUGCUUCGCGUACUUCGACGCGGCGGCCGAGGCGCCGGAGCAGGGCCCCGUCAUCCUGUUCUGGCCCAGCGAGAAGUGGGCCUUCAUCGGGGUGCCCUACGUCACCCUGCUGUGCGUCCACAGAAAGCCCUCCGUCAAGGUGACGUAACCGCGCCCAACCUCCACGCCUGCCCCCGGGACAACUGCAGCCACCGCGAAGAGUCUCCGCUUCUGUGUGCUCCUCCCAGCAGACACACACAGACACGCACACGCACACGCACACACUCACACACUCACAUUACAUUACAUUUUUUUACAUUAUUGGCAUUUGGCAGACGCUCUUAUCCAGAGCGACGUACAGUUGAUUAGACUAAGCAGGAGACAGUCCUCCCCUGGAGCAAUGCAGGGUUAAGGGCCUUGCUCAAGGGCCCAACGGCUAUGCGGAUUUUAUUGUGGCUACACCGGGGAUCGAACCACCGACCUUGCGUGUCCCGGUCAUGCACCUUAACCACUACGCUACAGGCCGCUUCGCUACACACACACGCACACGCACACGCACAUGCACACGCACACACACAAGCGCACACACUCUCACACACACACACACGCACACACACACACACACACACUCUCAGAAGUGUAUGCAGGCUUCUCUGCCACCAGCCACAGUCACUGGUCAGUGAGGGAAUGCUGCAGCACGCAGGUCCACUGAUGGACUAGAUCACAGUCUCAUUUCAUAUUAUGAGGACAAAACAGCAGUUUUCAGUUCAAUAAAUGUAGCUUGUGCCAGAUCCGUUCCGGAUCACACGGGUCACAAUGGUAGUUGGGGCUAGAAGAAAAUGCUGGCAGAAAAUCCUGAAAUGGAUUCAGACCCACCUGGAACAUGGUUCCUCACCCCUGCAGAUCUCAAGGAGCAGGGCUGGUGACCACUGCUCUUGCAGAAGGAAUCUUGCCUCAGGGUUCUAACAUUCAGACAGGCCAUUGUUCCCAUAGUGUGCACAUCCCAGUGUGUACGUACCACAGUGUGUAUGGAGAUAGUAUUACUUUUGUAUGAAGUCUUUUUGAAGUAAUGUAGUAUGCUGGUCUGUUGCUUCUGAUGAACAGAUCAGCUGUUUUUUUUUUUUUUUUUUUUUUUUUUUUUAGUAAGGAAAGGAUAUGAGAAGGAAUGUAAAUUAAAUGAAAUUAAAUAACAGGUCAUUCAUUGGCCACAUUGUGUGACUCCAAAGAGAAGGAAAGUUUUAACAUACAGAGUCCCCUCCAAACGUAUUGGAACAGCAAGGUCAAUUCCUACACUGAAGACAACUGAGUUUGAGCUCAAAAGAUGUACAUGAGAUGUUAAAUCCAAAUUUCAGCUUUUAUUUCCUUCAUCUAGGUUUGUUAAACAACUUAAAACAUAUCACCGUUUGUAUCAGACCACCCAAUUUUUAGGUGAGCAAAAGUAUUGGAACAUGUGACUGACAGGUAUUUCUUGUUGCCCAGAUGUGCCCUCUUAGGUUGAUUGGUUAAACAAUAAAUAGUUCUGAAUGUCUACUCUUGGUUUUAGGCUUUGAAUUUGCCCGUGAAGACUGCAUUUGUGUUAGAGACGUUAAACCAACAUGAAGACCAGAGAGCUGUCUUUGGAAGAAAAACAGCCAUUUUAAAGCUUAGAAAAAAGAGGGGAACAGAUCAGAGGUAUUGCACAAGCAUUGGGGAUUGUGUUUGAUUUGCACGUUGUUGUACGUCGCUCUGGAUAAGAACGUCUGCUAAAUGCCACGUAAUGUAAUGUAAUGUAAUGUAAUGUAAUGUAAUGUAAUGGAUAGCUUGUACAACAACUUGGAAUGUCCUGAGAAAGAAAGAAGCCGCUGGUGUGCUAAGCACCAGACAUCAGACGGGUCGACCAAGGACAACAGCACUUGAGAAAUUUCAAUAUAGAGACUAUACCACAAAAUGCAAACUGCUCAUCAGUAGUAAGAACCGGAAGGCGAGAUUACGAUCUGCAAAGACGUACAGAGAUGAGCCACAAAAGUUCUGGAACAAAGUUUUAUGGGACCAAGGUUAACCUCCCAAAGUGAUGGAAAGGCCAAAGUGUGUAGAAAGAAGGGACCUGCUCAUGAUCCGAAACAUACGAGCUCAUCUGUGAAGCACGGUGGAGGCAGUGUCAUGGCUUGGGCCUGCAUGGCUGCUUCUGGAGUGGGCUCACUAAACUUUAUUGAUGAUGUAACUCAUGAUGGUAGCAGCAGGAUGAAUUCAGAAGUCUACAAAAGCAUUCUGUCUGCCAAAUGCCCAAAGAACAUUGUCUUGCACCAAAACACACUUCCAACACAACAAAGCAUUGUAUUAAGGAGAACAAGUGGAAGGUUUUAGACUGGCCAAGUCGAUCACUAGACUGUAACCCAAUUGAGCAUGCAUUUCCCCUCCUGAAGAGAAGAUUGAAGGAAAAACCCCCCCGAAACAAACAAUUGAACAAGGCUGCAGUAAAAGCCUGGAAAAGCAUCACAGAAGAAGAAUGCAACAGUUUGGUGAUGCCAGUGUGUCGCAGGCUUCAUGCAGUUAUUGCAAGCAAGGGAUAUGCUGCCAAAUAUUAUGUGCUAUCAACUUUCAUUUACUUAAAUACUCUGUGUUCCAAUACAUUUGCUCACCUAACAAUUGGGUGGUCUGAUACCAAAGGUGCUAUGUUCUAAGUAGUUUAACACAUCUAGGUGUAAAUACCAGGAAAUAAAAGCAUUCUGAACUCUUGUCUCAUGUGUUUAUGACAUCACUCUCACAUUUUAACGUGUUAUUUUAAUCUUUUCAUGCCAUUAUCUUUCAUGUUGUUAAAUGUUGAACCAUUUUAUUAUAGGUAAAUUAUGUUAAUAUAUAAAACAAAAUGUAUGCAAUUUAUGUCCAAAACGUUUUUAUGCCCAAAAAUAAUUUCAUUCUGUAAAUGUAUUGUUUGAUGUGCUCUGGGUUUGCCGGUGAAAUUCUGUGAUGGUUUUUACAUGGUGCCCUGGUAAGCUCCAAUGCCAAAAAUCUUUAGUCAUUUCAGAUGUAAAUAAGGAAGUACAGACAGUAUUACAUAAUGAUAACACAUCUUGGUCUGAGCUGCUUCGUGUUUUGCUAGCAUACUCCUGGAGUGCAGUCCUUCUGAUGGGAAGAGAAUUAAUGAGGAAGUUUCUCUCAUAUACAAACAAAAGCACACUUGUGUCUUUACGUAAUGUUUGAUUACCAGAAGCUAUGCUUGUGUGCCAAAAGGUUCUAGUAUAAUGGAGGCAAAAGAAAAUUUAGCGCAGGUGCGAGGUGAGGAAGAAGAAUGCAAAGUAAGGAAAUAAUAAGCUAAUAAUAACAAGCUAAUACUUGAGUGAAGAAAAUUCUGACCUUGAGAAUUAUUCCAAGAUUAAAACGCUUGAGACAGUAAUUUCCCAUCUGCAGCACUUAGCUGGGGAACGUUCCCUCAGAGAUCCCGCUGUCUGUUUGGUCUCUCUCUCCCUCUCUCUCUCUCUCUCUCUCUCUCUCUCCCUCUUUCUCUCUCUUCCCCUCUCACUCUCUCCUUCUCUUUCUCCCCCUUUCCCUCCCUCUCUCUCUCUCUCUUACUCCAGCAUGUAAUCGAGACGAGCCAACAGUUUGCACAAAAAUAUAUUUGUAUUUAUUUUCAUAAUUGUAAACCACGUUUGUAAUAUCAAUAAUGGAUCCUUUCAUAUGGCCUGUAUAUUUUUACAUUUUAUUGUAUGAAAUAAAUAAUUUUGUUAAAUGCUGAA